GGAUGUAUCACUUCUUGAUUGCAAAAUUUCAUGUCAGUUAAUUUUGCUUCCCAAAGGGUAAAAGAAUCGAUAUGAAUUGGCAUGAAUGGACGGAGUGAAGUGUGGAACUUUGAAGUUUGCUAAAGGGGAAAACCCAAAAUUCUUUAGAUUGCCGGAACUUGAUUCUUUUCUUGGUUUUGCAUCUUUCUCUGCAGUACUAUCCCAUCCACUCACGAAGAAUAGUUCAUUUAUUACAUUCAGAAUUGGUGAGCGAUGGGCGAUACAGUAGAUUUGACGGGGAAUGGAGGUGUUGUGAAGACAAUUGUAAGGCAUGCCAAAGCCAAUGCUGAUGCUCCAACAGAUGACCUUCCUCUUGUUGAUGUACAUUAUGAAGGAACUCUAGCGGAAUCUGGGGAAGUAUUUGAUUCAACUCUUGAGGAUAAUACUGUCUUCUCUUUUGAGCUUGGAAAAGGAUCCGUUAUCCAGGCUUGGGAAAUUGCUGUGAAGACGAUGAAGGUGGGAGAGGUUGCAAAAAUCACUUGCAAACCAGAAUAUGCUUAUGGAAGUGCUGGUUCUCCACCAGAUAUCCCACCAGAUGCAACGCUUGUUUUCGAGGUGGAAUUAGUGGCCUGCAAGCCCCGGAAAGGCUCGAGUCUGGGCAGUGUUUCUGAGGAAAGGGCCAGGCUCGAAGAAUUGAAAAGACAAAGGGAGGCUGCUGCUGCCGUAAAAGAGGAAGAGAAAAGAAAGAGAGAUGAGGCGAAAGCAGCUGCAGCUGCCCGAAUUCAAGCCAAGCUAGAGUCUAAGAAGGGCCAGGGAAAGGGGAAGAACAAAGCCAAAUAAUGUCGAUAUAUCCCUAGUCGCUCAUAAACCAUAUCGUUGUUACAACACAAAGAACAGAAUAAAAUGAAACGAAACUUUGAAGCCUAUGUUUGUAAUACAUUUGCAUUUGCUGCAGCGAAUGGCAUGGUACAGUAAUUGAGUGCUCAGUAUUCUGAUUGUACGCUGAA